UUAUGGGUGGUCUGCUGAAACAUAAGGAUAGGAUACAGUUAUCAGAAUGGAUCGGCAGGGCGUGUAAUUUUGCGCUUCUGUACAAGGUCAGCAGAGAUGGAGGAUCUGCAAAGAAGUUCCAUGAGUUGUGUGACAAUAAGGGGCCAACCGUGACCGUAUUCUAUAACAAGGAUAACAAUGUCUAUGGCGGAUAUUUAUCAGAAACUUGGGGUGUUACAUGUACGAACAGCUGGUGCACCGACCAAAAUGCGUUUCUGUUUAAAUUAUAUACUAUUGGAGAGUGGAAGCCCAAGAAAUUUCUUUCUACAGGAAAAAGCGAAAACCAUUACAAGAGCAAUAAUCAUGGUCCAUGGUUUGCGAAUUUGAAUUCUAUUUUUAAUUCUGUUGAUAAAUCUUAUGAUUACUACAAGAUGCACAAUAGCAAUUAUUUCACCGGUUCACACUUCCACAUGGGAGGAGAAUCAUCCCUGUCAAUUGCUAACGGACACAAUGAUGUCACUGACAUGGAAGUCUACCUUGUUAUAGAUGGUCCUAUAUGUGCGAUAUCUGAGAUUCCAUGGAGAGAAAAACCACAGUGGAACUUACAGACUUUUCAAGAACUGAAAGAGUUCAUAACAAAAUACGAACCAUUUGAGGAGUCGGAGGUCCCUGAAGCCAACAUUUUACUGAUUGGACAAGUCGGCGCCGGUAAAUCCAGCUUCCUUAAUACGAUCAAUUCUAUCUUCAAGGGAGUGAUAUCAUCUCGGGCAUGUACAGGGAGCGCUGAAAACAGCUUAACAAAAAGUUUUGAAAAAAUCCGAAUCCGUGAUCCGGCAGCAAAAAAACAUUUGAAGUUCAGGAUUUGUGACACACGAGGAAUAGAAAAGGCUCUUUCUAUUAAAGAAGAAGAUCUUCGAUAUAUUCUGGAUGGAAAUCUGCCUAAUCAUUACAUUUUCAAUCCUGUUGAUUCUGCGUCCGCCAAAGUUCAAGGGUUUGUGAAAGAUCCAACAUUGAAAGAGCGAAUGCAUGUUGUUGUUUUUGUUAUUGAUGGAAGCACAUUAGAUGUUCUACCAGAAGAUAUAAUUAAAAAACUCAAAGACUUUAAGACGCUUAUAGUUGACAAGGGUAUACCUCAAUUAGUUUUCCUUACAAAAAUGGAUAAGGUAUGUGGAUUUGUUGAGAAGGACAUCAGCAACAUGUUUAUGAGCGAAGUUGUAGAGGGUCUUGUAAACAAAGCCGCUGACGUCAUUGGUAUCCCAAGAUCCCACGUAUUUCCGGUGAAAAAUUAUGAAAAAGAAACAAAUCUCCACAUAAAUUUGAACAUAUUAGUUCUAGGAGCGUUACGACAGGCACUUUUGUUUGCCGACGACUUUUUGGAGAAUCAGUCUGAAAUUGAACAAGAGAAUUCACGGCGAUGAAUACAAGGAACACUACAUGUAAUUCAUAUACUGGUUUUCAAAGAUGUGCCUAGCAUUUAAACU